AUGGAGGUCGAGUCGGCAGGUCCAGCCUCUAGCCCACAUGGAAAACAAGCUGCAUGCUUGAACUGUCGGCGGAGCAAGAUUCGCUGCAACCGUCUGGCAGGCGAGUCCAGCUGCGAGAAAUGUAAGCAGACUAAUGCAGAGUGUAUUGUGCCCAACCAUCACCUGGGCCGACAAAAGGGUGUUAAAAACAAACGUAAGGGCCUGGAGAAAGCGAUACAUCAGAUCGAGCAGGCAAUCAAGCGGCCCAAGGUCGACUCUUCUAGUGACGAUGAGGCCCAAAGGGCCAUUUCAGUCCUCCAGGAACUCCUUGGUCAAGUCCAGGGCCAGUUAAUGCAGAAUGAGCAUGAGCAUGAGCGUGGCUUUUCAGAGGCAUCAGAUCAUCCGCGCAUGACAUCUCCACGUGAUAUUCAUGCGGAGGAGAGUCUUACUCUUGAUGAUGCAGAAAAUCCCCUCCAGCUGCUUGCUAGAGCUUCGGAUCUUCAGCUUUCGCCGACCGGGAUGCGGCAUGUGCCCAAGUCUCCAAUACCAUUGUCAGAGGGUCCAUCGUUUCUUCAGAGCACCCCGCCAGGAGAACUGAGUGCCAAAUCCUUUUUUGUUCCCACGAGAGCGAAUUUGGAUAUUGGACCUGAAGUUGACCCUGUUGAGCUGGGCUUGGUCACAUUUGAUGAAUCGGAGUCUUUGUUCUCAUUUUUCUACCAAAAUCUUGCACAUACUCGAUGGGGCCUCGAUCCUUUGAUACACACCCCGUCCUUUGUACGGUCACAGUCGGCUUUUCUUUUUACUUCAAUCAUGGCAGGCGCAGCCUUAUUUUUGCCAUCUGCUGCUGCUUUAUCCAAGAGACUAUCCAGGCAUUGCAAAUGGCUCGCGAGGCGAGUGAUCACACACCGCCAUAGGUCUGUUGAGAUUGUUCUGGCUUUCAUGGUGAACGUCCCAUGGAUGUCUCCCGGUGAUAGACUAGGAGACGAUGAUACCUGCUCCUAUAUUGCCAUGGCUCUCACUGUUGCUCUAGACUUAUCUUUGAACAAGAUUGUCUCGCCCUCUUCAAGCUUUGACCAAGAACUCAUGAAUCGCCUGGCGCGAGCAGAGUGUAUCGAUGCCAAGAGGGCUUUACACAUGGAUGGGUUUGAUGAUAUUGAUCCGUCCUCGGAGUGGGGUCUCAGGCUGUUACGAAGACGCGAAAGAGCUUGGAUUGCGUUGUAUGUCGUGGAGAGGGGUGUUUGCCUUGCGCGUGGACGAAGCUAUACCGUCCCCCCAACAACGCUCAUCGAAACCUGCGAUCGUUGGCACCUUUCCAGCAUCGCAGACCCGCGUGAUGGACCUAUGAAUUCCAUGGCAGUUCUUCGAAGGGACCUUGAUGGACUCUUUCAGAAAGUUAAAUCAAGCUGUGAUAGCUAUCGCAUCGUCGAUACUGGCUCGGAAGCUGCUCAGUCGAUUAAGAAUACCAUUCAAACCUUCUACGAGCGGUGGUAUGCAACAUGGGCCUUGUCAAUUGGCGAAGGAGACACAAGAUCUCUACCCCCAUAUGUCGAGAUUCUUGUCACGCAUACUCAGUUAUCCACCUACGGUGGUGUCAUCAACCACCCAACAGCUCCAAUCGAAGUCAAGCGUUUCUUCCGAGCCGCUGGUCUAUCGUCUGCAUUGAACGUCCUGCGAGCAGCGAUACAGGGCGAAUCUCGGCUGAAAUCAAUGCCAAACAACACCGUCAUAAUGAUCUCUUUCGCCGCAUGCUCUGCCCUCAGCCUCAGCGUAACACCCGGCGACAGCAACUCCAGUCUAGCACCAAGCGUCCGAAAUCUCAUUGAAGAGACAGCUGGCGUGCUAGAGCGAAUCGGAGCAACACCAAGUCACCGAAGCGGCGCCUCUGUGCUCUACGGGAGAUUUUUGCGUGAGUUGAUCCGGCGUGCACCAGCCUUGCCUCUACAACCCCGAGGAAAUCUAGGAAAAGUCGAUCCACCCGAGCCGGCAUUUCCAUCUGCAUGUCUGGAUGAUGGCCCGCUGCCAGUAACACUACCACCCGAAGAUCUCUGGUUUGAGCCAUUGCAAUUCUCUACCAUGUCUGAUAAUCAGAUCGUCGAUGCAGUCAAUAGAGCGGGCACCGCGUUUGGUGCGUCGAUCCCGGAUGUACCUCCUGAUGACAUGCUUAAUUGGGAUUGGCUUGACUUUGCAAACCCGGACUUCAAUUUUUAG